AAUUUCCAAGUUGCAAGAUUUCGCACAGUGUUCGCUUUGAUGGCAUAAAUCCGCUCGAACUCGUUUAGCCAAAUUAUCGCGUAAUCAGGUUUUAGCAGUGCUUUGAAAUAGAAACGCCUUACCAAAAGAGCACUCCAUUCGCCAUACGACUCUGCAGUGAUGAGCAUCAAAUUCAACGUGAACGGAUUCCCCUAUGAGGUUCAGGCGGCGGACUAUGCCCCGGAUACCACCCUCAACUCCUUCCUCCGGGAGCACCUGCAUCUGACGGCCACCAAGCUUAUGUGCCUGGAGGGUGGAUGUGGCUCCUGUGUCUGCGUCAUCCGCAGGCGCCAUCCAGUCACCCAGGAGGUCCAGUCCCGGGCAGCCAACUCGUGUCUGACGCUGCUCAAUACAUGUGAUCAAGCAGACAUAUUUACUGAUGAGGGACUCGGUAACCGAGUGAGCGGCUAUCAUCCAAUCCAAAAGCGUCUUGCCCAGCUGAAUGGAUCUCAGUGUGGCUAUUGUUCACCUGGAUUUGUGAUGAACAUGUACGGAUUGCUGGAGCAGCAUCGCGGUCAGGUGAGCAUGUCGCAGGUGGAGGAUGCCUUCGGGGGAAACCUUUGCCGCUGCACUGGCUACCGACCCAUCCUGGAUGCCAUGAAGUCCUUCGCGGUGGACAGCACCAUAGAGGUUCCCCCGGAGUGCGUGGACAUUGAGGACUCCUUCGAGCUGCUCUGCCCGCGAACUGGUCAAUCCUGCAAGGGCAGCUGCUCGAGACCUCCUCAAAGGGAUCAAGGAGGAAGCUCCUGGUAUUGGCCCAAGUCGCUGGCGGAGCUCUUCUCGGCCCUUGGUCAGGUGAAGAAUGGAGAACCCUAUAUUCUGGUGGCAGGGAACACCGCCCAUGGAGUAUACCGGAGACCCAGGGACAUCCGACACUUUAUCGACGUGAACAUGGUGCCCGAGCUGAGGCAGUACAGCAUCGAGGCGGAUCACCUGCUCCUGGGCGGAAACGUUACUCUCACGGAUGCCAUGCAGGUGUUCCUACUUGCCGCCAAGAGGCCCGGAUUCGAGUAUUGUGAACAGUUGUGGCAGCACUUCAACCUGAUUGCCAAUGUGCCUGUGCGCAAUAACGGCACUUUGGCAGGCAAUAUUACAAUCAAAAAGGAGCACCCUGAAUUUCCUUCCGACGUCUUCAUCACAUUCGAGGCUUUGGAUGUAGAUGUCCUGGUCUACGAUAAUCCCAGUAGCAACAAGGUUAUGAGUCUAUCGUCUUAUGUCAGCGACACCACUCCCAAACUGGUUCUGGGUGGCUUUAUUUUGAAAGCCUAUCCUAAGGACAAAUACCUGUUCGGAUCGCACAAGAUUUUGCCGAGAGCGCAGAAUGUUCAUGCAUAUGUAAAUUCGGGGUUUCUUAUCGAAUGGGAGAACAUUCAGCGAAGAAUUGUGCGCUCGGCUCGCAUUUGUUUCGGAAAUAUCUCACCAGAUUUUGUGCACGCUGAGGAACUGGAGAACCUUCUCCCUGGCAAAGAUCUAUACGAUCCCACCACAGUUGCGCAGAUCUUUCAACAACUUCCAACUAGUCUUCAACCCGAGGAACGGCCACCGGAAGCCUCUCCGGAAUAUCGUCGAAUCCUGGCCUGCUCCUUGCUAUACAAGUUCCUGCUGGCCACCGCACCCAAGGAGCGGGUUCAAGAAAGGUAUCGUACAGGAGGAUUGCUGCUAGAGAGACCACUUUCUUCUGGCAGCCAAUCCUUUGAGACCAUCAAGAAAAACUAUCCAGUCACUCAACCAGUCCAGAAGUUAGAAGGUCUCAUCCAAUGUUCUGGAGAGGCCACUUAUAUGAACGAUCUGCUGACUACCUCAAAUUCAGUGCACUGCGCCCUUGUGACCGCAAAGCGAGUUGGGGCCACCAUCGAGCAAAUCGAUCCUUCUGCUGCCCUUCAGUACAAAGGUGUGGUGGCCUUCUAUUCCGCCAAGGAUAUUCCAGGAGUAAACAACUUUGUCACGUUGAAUCAACUGAAUCCCGAAGCCGAGGAAUUAUUCGCAGCUGGGCGAAUCAAGUAUUAUGAUCAGCCCUUGGGAGUGAUUGCUGCCCUCACCCACGAUGCAGCUGUCUAUGCUGCCACCUUAGUGGUGGUCACAUAUGCCAGGGAUCAGCGAAGGAUCUACACAAGUAUGAACCAAGUGCUGGCCGAAAACCAAACCGAUCGUAUCUUGAGCUCGAAGAAGGUGGACCUAGAACCUCUAGAAAUACCUCUUGCGCCGGGUGAUGUUCAAGGAAAGGGCGUCAUUGAAAUGGGAUCUCAGUAUCACUUCACCAUGGAACCCCAAACGACGAUAGUGGUGCCGUUGGAUGAUAUCCUUCAGGUGUAUUCUGCUACCCAAUGGAUGGAUGGCACCCAGGGAGCCAUUGCCCAAGUGCUUCGUGUGAGUGCGAACUCCAUUCAGCUCCAAGUGAGAAGAGUUGGAGGAGCCUAUGGUGUCAAGGAAACGAGGUGCAACUUUGUGGCAUGUGCCGCUGCCCUGGUGGCCUUCAAAUUGAAGCGCCCAACUAGAUUUGUGCAGACCAUCGAGUCCAUGAUGGAAACUAUUGGCAAACGAUGGGCUUGCCGAUCGGAUUACGAGUUCCGAGCGCGGGCUAAUGGAUCCAUCAUCAUGUUGACCAACAACUAUUAUCAGGAUGCUGGCUGCAGUCUUAAUGAAAAUGUCGUAGACUUUUUGACCCUGCCAACCCUCAAAAACGUGUACAACCUGAAUGACUCGAACCUCAAGGCGAAGGGCAGUGCCAUCCUAACAGACGCCCCCAGCUCCACUUGGUGUCGAGCUCCUGGAACAGCAGAGGGCAUUGCUAUGACGGAGACAGUCAUGGAGCAUAUAGCUUUAACCUGCGAGCUGGAUCCCGCAGAUGUUCGUCUAGUUAACCUCCACCCGGAAAGUAAAAUGGUACAUCUGCUGCCAAAGUUUCUGCAGUCCACAGAGUACAGAAAAAGACGAGAGGAAGUCGAUAAAUUUAACGCCCAAAACCGAUGGCGUAAACGAGGUCUAGGAUUGGCCCUAAUGAAUUUUAACCUGAACACCACCAUCGCAUUUAAUUAUCCAGCCACAGUAGCCAUUUACCAUGAAGACGGAUCGGUGGUGAUCUCACAUGGUGGAAUUGAGAUUGGUCAGGGAGUAAAUACCAAGGCGGCCCAGGUGGCUGCCCUCGUUCUCGGGGUUCCCCUCGAUCAGGUGAGGGUGGAGGCCAGCAACACGGUCAGUGGAGCCAACGCCAUGCUGACGGCCAACUCGAUGACCAGCGAGAUGAUCGGAUUAGCGGUAAAGAAAGCUUGCGACACUCUGAACCAGCGACUGGCUCCGGUGAAGGAGAGAUUAGGUCCUCGGGCCACCUGGGUGCAGGUGCUCCAGGCGGCCUACUUGCAGUCCGUCUUCCUCAUCGCCACGGAAUCGUACAAGUUGGGUGACAUACCCAACUACAACAUCUACGGAUUGAGCCUUACCGAACUGGAGCUCGACAUUCUGACGGGCAACCAUCUGAUCCGCCGGGUGGACAUCCUGGAGGAUGCCGGGGAGAGCCUGAGUCCACACAUCGAUGUGGGUCAAGUGGAGGGCGCCUUCGUGAUGGGCCUGGGCUACUAUCUCACCGAGCAGCUGCAGUACGACCGCCAGACAGGUCGGAUCCUGACGAACCGCACCUGGAACUAUCAUCCACCUGGGGCCAAGGACAUCCCGAUCGACUUUCGCAUCGAGCUGCUGCAGAAGAGUCCGAAUCCCGUGGGCUUCAUGCGAUCCAAGGCCACCGGAGAACCUGCUUUGUGCCUGGCUGUCGGAGUUCUCUUCGCCAUGCAGCACGCCAUCCAGUCGGCCAGGAAGGAUGCGGGACUUCCCAGGGAGUGGGUGCGCUUGGGGGCACCAACGACUCCGGAGACGGUUGUCCUGAACUCCGGAAGCCAGGUCGAAGCAUUCGCUUUGUAA